AUGUCUCUAUACCCGCCGAUAUCUCAGGCCAGCUCCAAAGCUGAGUCGAAGCGCCUCUACGAUGUCCCGUUCCUCGAAAGCAAUGGCGGAAACUUCCAGACGUGGAAGUACCGCACGACUACCAUCCUCCGGUUGCGUGGUCUCUAUUCGCUCAUCGACGGCACCGAAGCCGACCCCGGAACAGUGGAUACUAUGAAGAAGGCGGAGUGGGAUGUCCGGAACAAUGAGGCUCUCGCGCAGAUCACGUUGACGCUCAAGGACGAGCCGCUUAACGGUGUGAUGUACUCGAUGACGGCACAGGACGCUUGGGAGAAGUUGAACAGACGUUACGAGGGCAGAGGCAAGCAAACCUUAGCCUAUCUCAUCAGCGACCUUUUCCGCAGCACACUUAGUGACGAGUCGCCGCUAGAGCCGCAGCUCAACACGAUGCAGCAGAAGGCCCACAUCCUCGAGACACUCGGGCUAACGCUAGACGACACGCUCAUCGCCAUCGCUAUGGCUAUCUCCCUUCCUCCAUCCUAUUCAACCCUUCGCACUAUCCUUAUGGCCUCUGACUUGAAACUCACAGUCGAGAAGGUCGUCAAUGAGGUCCUUAGCGAGGAGAAGCGACGUGGCGAGACGACCGCAGCAUCUGCGCUCAUUGCGAAGCAUGCUGAUACCAAGUCGAAGUCGAAGGGGAAGGACAAGGACAAGAAGAAGAAGGGCAAGUGCGCUUUCUGUGGCUACACUGGUCACACGAAGGACGACUGUCGGAAGUUCAAGGCGAGCCAGGUGGAGGGCGCCACAGCGAAGGGCGACAAGAAAGCUGAGAAGGCUGCUGAUGCAAAGGAAUCUGCGAAGAUUGCCAGUGUCGGUGAGGCUGACUCCGAGACGCUCCGCCUCUUCGUUGCUGAGGAGUUGGCACGUGGUGAUGACCUCCACCGCUGGAUUGUUGAUUCAGGAGCUUCCUCCCACAUGACAUCUCACCGCGAGUGGUUCGUAAACUACCGUGCCCUCGCUACACCCAAGCGUGUUUACCUCGGAGAUGAGCGCUUUAUCCUCGCCGUUGGUAUCGGUCAGGUCACACUCCGUGCAGCAGUCGACCAUGGCUCAACGAACACUGGCAUUGUGCAGGAAGUUCUCCAUGUCCCAGAUCUCAAUGGCAACCUGCUCUCUGUCUCGCAGUUUGACCGCAACAGCUACGAUGUUAGGUUCGCUGAUGGUACGUGUCGCAUCAGCAAUGCCCAGGGCCGACUUAGCGCCAUUGGGUACAUGCGGAGAAAUCUCUAUGUUCUCGACGUGACCACGCAGCUCCCCGAGCGUACCUACAUCCUGCAGGCAAAAGAUCUCCCUCCCUCUUACGAUGACUCCAUGGAUGAUCCCCCACUCCACGCUUUUGUUGCUAAGGAGACAACAUCCAGUGCGAGUGCUCAGGUCUGGCAUCGCCGCCUUGGUCACAUCUCCGUAGACUCCGUGCUGAAGAUGGUGCGAAAGGGAAUGGUCAAGGGCAUGUCGAUCGUCGGAGAAAAGGUGAGUAACGUCACCUGCAAGCCCUGUCUCCAUGGCAAGCAGACACGCCAGCCAAUUCCGAAGGAGUCGGAUGUCGAGAAUCCCCGCGUUCUCCAUCGCACCUACUCCGAUGUCUGUGGUCCCAUGCAGACUCAGACGCGGUCCGGCCACCGCUAUUUCAUCACGUUCAUCGACGGACACACGCACCACCUUGUCGCCAACCUCAUGAAGACGAAGGAUGAAGCGCUUUCACACUUCAAAGCUUUUGUUGAACGAGCUGAGGUCGAGACCGGGCAGCGUGCCAAUAUCCUGCGGACUGAUGGCGGCGGUGAGUACGAGUCGAAGGAAUUCGAAGCGUACCUAAAGGAGAAGGGCAUCCACCACGAAAAGACGAAUGCCUACACUCCACAGGAGAAUGGCGUUUCCGAGCGGAUGAACCGCACCAUCGAGGAGAUGGCCAGGAGCAUGCUCAAUGACGCUGGACUGCCGAACACAUACUGGGGUGAUGCUGUGUUACAUGCAGUACACAUCCUUAACUCUGUUCCAACCCGCACUCUCCCUGACAACCUCACACCACACGAGGCCUACACCGGAAACAAGCCGAGCGUGGCGCACCUCCGCGUUUUCGGCUGCAAAGCCUAUGUCCACGUUCCGAAGGAAAAACGUCAGAAACUCGACUCGAAAACGUUCGAGUGCACGCACCUGGGGUUUGCCGCAAAUCGCAAGGCCUACCGUCUGGUUCACAGAGCGACCGGCCGCAUCGUCGAAUCCCGCGACGUGUAUUUCGACGAAGGCACCGAAGUCGCACCCAGUCGCGUCACAAUUGACGUCACACCUACGCAGGAGGCGCCCGACGCGCGGCCGCAGCUGCCGCCGUCUCCGCGCCCGCCAAGGCCCACUGUCGAAGAUGUCCCAGAUGAAGAUGAGGACGCACCUGCACUCCUGGAUGUGGACGACAGCGACGACGAGGAUGACGAUGACAACGCGGAUGAGGACAGCGACGACGACGUUCCACUGCCCGAAAUUAGGCGCCGGCGUCACGCCGCGCGCGCCGCGCAGCCACCACCACCUCCUCCCCCGGCUCCGGAACUGCGCCGUUCAGGUCGAACGCGCACGGCACCGGUAGCGGCCGAUGAUGACCGCUAUUUCGUGUCCUCCUACACACGGAAACCGAAGGGCCAGGAUGAUGUGGGUGGAGUGGGCGCUGAUGCCGCAGCGGCAGACUCGGAGAACGCAGAGGAAGUGGGCGAUGCAGAGAAUGCUCACAAAGCCACAAGCUGGGAUGAACCACAGACCUACGAGGAGGCGAUGUCACGCCCCGAUGCUGCGCGCUGGAAGGCUGCGUGCGCAGAGGAGCUACACGCAUUUGUCAAAGCGGAGCUCUACGACGAAGUGGAGCGCCCACGGAAUCGCAAGGUCAUAGACUGCAAGUGGGUCUUCAAGAUUAAGCGUGGACCGGACGGUGAAAUCGAGAAGUACAAGGCUCGACUUGUUGCCAAGGGCUUUACACAGGUUGAGGGCCUCGACUUCAAUGAAACCUUUGCACCCGUCGCAAAGUUCGCUUCUGUCCGAACACUACUUGCUCUUGCUGCCAAGCUCGACCUCGAGAUCCACCAGAUGGACGUCAAAUCGGCAUUCCUGAAUGGUGAUCUUGAUGAGGAGAUCUACAUGAAGGUUCCCCCUGGCUUCCACAGGUCCAACAGCCUCGUCUGGAAGCUGAACAAGGCCCUCUAUGGUCUUAAGCAGGCUGGACGUGAGUGGUACAAGAAGAUCCGUGCUGAGUUCGAGGCGCUUGGGUUCACCCGCUGCCACUCGGACCACAGCGUGUUCUACAAGAACGAUGACGGUAUUCUCCUCAUUAUCGCCAUUUAUGUCGAUGACAUGCUCAUUCUUUCUGACAACCUCACUGCUGUCACCACCCUCAAGGAAGAUCUCAAGUCUCGCUUCGAGAUGACCGACCUUGGCGAAGCACGGUGGCUCCUCGGCAUGGAAAUCACUCGUGAUCGUCCUCGCCGUGUCCUCGAGCUCUCGCAACACCAGUAUGUCGAGAAGUGUCUCGCACAACAUGGUAUGGCCGAUUGCCGCCCGGUCAGCACACCUAUGGCACAGAACCAGAAGCUCGUCAAGCUCUCGGAGGCGGAGAUCGACCCGAAGCCUUACCAGAGCGUGCUUGGCUCUCUCAUGUAUGCAAUGAUCGGGACUCGCCCCGACCUUGCGUUCACAGUGGGCGCGUUGAGCCAGCAUGCUGCAACGCCAGGCAAGGAGCACUGGAUUGCUCUUAUGCGAGCCUAUCGCUACCUGCGUGGGACAGCAGACAAGAAGCUUGUCUAUUGUGGCACUACCAAGGAGAAGGAACCCCUUCUCGGAUACGUGGAUGCAGAUUGGGCAGCGAACGUCAACGACCGUCGAUCGGUCACAGGUUUUGUUUUCCUCAUAUCGGAAGGCGCUGUCAGCUGGUCUUCAAAGAGGCAGCACUCGACGGCGCAGUCCAGCACUGAAGCUGAGUAUAUGGCUGGAGCUCAUGGUACAAAGGAAGCAGUCUGGCUUCGCGCUUUCCUCUCGGAGAUUGGACAGGUUCAGAAGGGCCCUACUCCAUUGCUCAUCGACAAUCAGUCCGCCAUCGCGCUAUCCAAAAAUGCUGCUUUCCAUGAACGCACCAAGCACAUUGCCGUCCGCUACCACUUCAUCCGCGAGAAGUAUGACUCCGGCGAGAUUGAACCUGAGUACGUUCCUACCGGAAAUCAGGUUGCUGAUGUCUUGACGAAGGGGCUUCCUCGUAGUACUGGCGGACGUUCGGACGAUGCACCUCAGUCACUCGUUUGCUAUCGCACGAGACUGAGCUGCGCUUGGUCCCGCUCUAGAUCCGUUAGACAUCCCCUGGACGCCUUCCCCCCUCGCCGCGUACUCGCGAUAGGCAGAACGUCUACUUUCGUCAUCAGAGAGCUCUUGCAGAGUUCAUCUGUCACUCCGCAGAAUCUCCGCCUUCUCGUCCAUUCUUCCAACGCUGUGGAGAAAGUGAGGGCGCAGUUUCCCCAGAUCCCGGAGUCCUCCUUCGUCGUUGGGGAUUAUCUGGAAGCCAGCACCCUCCCGCCCGCAUUUAAGGGUGUGGAUAUCGUCUUCCACAAUGCACCAACGUUCCAUCCCUUGGAGACGGCAAUGGGUAUUACAGUCAUCAAUGCAGCGAAGACGGCGGGCGUGCAGCACUUCGUGUACUGCAGCGUACUGUUCCCAAUCUUGACGAAGCUACUGAAUCACAAGGUCAAGGCGAUCCGUUCCGCAACAAUGCCGCUGAAUGUUUCUUCCAGGAUUUCGGUCAAACCUUCGCAUAGGCAUAGCCAGUCGAUCUAA